AGCGAUAAAUAUAUAAUCCUCUGAUUUCUGUCGAAUUACUUUAUAUACAAAUAGUGAAGAACCUAAGGAGGUAAAAUGCCGCCUUUAGACUGGGGAAGAAUUAUGGGUGCCAAUGUAGAGGAGCUUAGAGAAGACCUGGAUGCAGCCGAUGAGAUGUACGGCGUCUUGGAGAUGGGCUCAGUUAAUCCAGACUCGACAGAAGCUGAAGAUGUAAACAAGAUGAUAAAACUUUUUGAGGUUACUAAGACUGUUAUGAAGGUUAAAUCAUUGCAAGCAGAGCUGGCUGCUGAAGAAAUUGUAAAAGCUGGAGGUGGAGAUCAAGAGCAAGAGUUAUUGGAAGAAAUUGAACAUUUAAAGAGAGAGAUCCAACAGUACAGGAAAUAUGAUGGUGUUGGUGGAGAUGAAUUAAUCAGAGAAAUUGAGAAUAUUGAAAACAGCAAAAGGGCUUUGGAACAGGAACUCAAUGAAAAAGCGGAAGCCUACUUCCAAGAGAAAUACAAAAGUGAUCAAAUGGCUGCUAGGCUAGAUGAAGCUGAAAGAGAAAACAAGAGCUUAAAAAGAGAUAUAGAACGGAACAAGAUGGACCUAAGAGAUUUACAAAGACAAUUUGAACAACAGAGAGAAAGUACAACAAUGCGCAGAGCAGAAGGUUCUGACUUUAAAGAGAAGAUCUCCAAGAAAAACAAGGAGUUGUCUGAGUAUCUGGAUGAAAUAAGGAUUCUUCAAGAGGCUAAUGAUGAUUUAGAAGAACGCAUGAAAAACACUGAGAAAGAACUUCAAGAGGCAACUGCAGAGAUGGACAAGAUGACAGAUGAAUACACCAAACUGAAGAUUGUUCUGCAGCAGUCAGACAUGAUCAUAGAUGACAUGAGGAAAGAAAGGGAUGCCCUCAGAGCACAGGUUCAAGAUCUCAGGAUGCAGUUUUCAACCAAAACAGACACUGAUGAACAGAUUAUGGCAGCUGUGAACUCUAAAGUGGAAGAGUGGAAGGCUGUGCUUGCAGCAAAAGAAAUUGAGCUAGAGCAGUACCAGUCAUUGGUCCAAGAACUGAAACAACAAGUUGCAGGGCUUCAAAUGGAUGCAGACAAAACAUCCUUGGCCAUGUUACAACAGGCUGUGGCUGAGAAAGAUGAACAGAUAGAAAAUCUUAAAAAGGAACUUGAAAAGGCAUCAAGUGACAUGCAUGGUGUAGCUUCAUAUGUGGAAGAAGUCAAGGCCUUAACUGAAAAAGGUGUUCCAUCAGCAUAUCAGCAAAAAAGAAUCAGAGAUCUAAACAGCACGCUACAAAAAGAACAGUUGGAAGUUUUGCAGUUUAAAGACAGGAUGAUCAUGGCAGAAAAGGCUGCAGCUAUGAAAGACAAGCAGUUGAACGACUUGCUGGCUCGAAUGAUGCAAUAUGAGAGGGGAGAAUAUGGAUUGAGUGAAGCAGUGCAGGAAAUCAAGGACUGCAAGGCUCAGAUUCGUAUCAGAGACCAAAACAUUGAAGACCUGACCAGUCAAGUAAACAACUUGGAGAUCAAAGUAAAUGACAGUGAGAUGGAAAACGAGGAAUUGCGAGAGCGGCUUGGAAUGGAUCCUAAGGAGUCGCUCAACAUUGAAGAUGUACGGCACAAAAAGAAAGUUAAAGCAGAACAGGCAGUGGCUCUGAACAGAGCAUUGACUAAAGAGGUGGAAAGGUUAGAGGAAGAAAGGCUUCAGCUUAAGCGUCAGCUCCGAAAACAAGCACUGCACAGAGGUCAAAGGGCUGUAGAGUUAGGAAUCACCGCAGAAGACUUGAUUGUGGCCGAAGAAGAGGAUGUAGUCUCUUCGCCCAGAAGACUACCUGUAGUGGAUUCUGAUAGUGACGUCACCAAGGCUAUGAACCAGAGGCUGGAAGGAGAAGUAGAAAAGAACGAAAAACAAAUUGAAAAGUACAAAUCUGAUAUGAAGAAGAUCGAGACUGAGAAUAAGGAACUUAAAGAUGAGAAUAAGCAGUUGGAAGUUGGGAUGCGGGAGAUUUUAGCACAGCUGAGAGAACAUGCUGCAGCACAAGGAGCAGAGGAAAAUAAAUUAGUACAAGUACCAGCCUUAGAAAAGCUUAUGGCUAUGAUAGAAUCUAGAAAUGCAGUGGGUCAAUAUGACACAACACUACAAUUGAAAGCUCAGAUCGAACAACUAAGUGGGAGGAAUGAAGAACUCCGACACGAACUGCAUAAUGCCCGAGAAGAAACAGCUAAAGCCAUUAUGCAGUUGGAGAGGAAAAAGACCAAGAUCGAGGAUCUUGAAAAAGAUAUUAAAGUGUUGAAAGAGAUAGGUGAAGGCGCCGUCAAGUUACAACCCAUGCCUUUGCCGCAGGGAAUGACACCGUCUUCAACAGAGAUCAUCGCCAGUCUUAACGAGCAUCUUAUACAAGUACUUCAGGAAGUCUCCCUGAAAGAGCAACUACUGGAGAAAAUGGAGAAGGAUCUUGAGAUGUUCAAGAGGAAAUUCUCGGUCAUUCUUCACCAAAAGGGGCUUCUUUAUGCUGAUUUUAUGAAAGAAAAAGAGAAAUGGGAGGAGGAGAAGAAAGCGAUCGAAGAAGAUAAGGCCUCAACUGAACUUGCCAGAGAACACGAUAAAAUCAGGCUCAUGGAAUUCGAGAGAUUACUCGAUACCCUGGAAAAAGACGAGGACAAGCAGAAAAAGAGACUUGGAGAAAUGACAAGAAAGGUUACAGUUUUGAGAGUGAACGAGAAGUCGCUCAGCAGGAGAUACACGGCCAUGCAAGAGGUGGAAGCUGCACUCAGGAAAGAAAACAAGAGAUACAAAAAUGAUGUUGUUGCCAUGGAGACCGCAAUUACCGAGAGACUGGGUUACCUUCAAAGACACAAAGAAAUGUCCACGUACAAGAUUGGAGUAUUACAGCAAGCUUUAGAUGAGAGUGUUCUUGCAACAGAACUAGAGGCAGCGAACAAACAGUAUAACGAACUUACGGCCAAGUAUCGCGACGUUAUACAAAGGGAAAACAGCCUCGUGGCACGAUCAGCCAUAGUCGACAAUCUAGAGGCCGACUUGAAGGCUUUGGAAGAAAGAGAAGCUGAUCUGAAGAGGGAGAUGACCUCAUUGAAGGAAAGAAACCACAGUUUAGAGCAGAUGGUGAAUGAACUGCUAUCGAAAGAGGGUGGAGAGGGUGGAGGAGACACCAGCAUUGUGCGGCAGGAAGAGAUGGACAGAAUAUCAAGAAAACUCGCCACGUUAGAAAUGAAGGAACUGAAUGAGAGAGAGCGUGCCGACCAUGCCACGAGGAAAUAUGAACAAGUUCAGUCUCUUAUCAAGCAACUAGAGGAAAGGAAUGUAGAGUUGGAACAAAAAUUUGCAGAGAUCAGCAAGUUGAAUCUUGAAUCUCAGAGAGUUGAGCGGCAGCUUAGGGACGAAAUAUCCAACUCUGUCACACAGGAUACUCAUGUGGCUGUCACGCGUCGUGUCCAGUCUCUGGAGGAGUCCGAAUCUAAGCUAAAGGUGGAAGUGUCACGAUUGAAGGAGGUGGCGGAAGUGGCUUCGCAUCAAACCGAAGCCAUCAAAGCGCAGCAGGAGUCACAGGACAGAGAGCUGACAUCUCUCAGGAAGCAACUUUACGACAUGCAGAUGGAGAGUGAUGACAAGACCAUUAUAGGUAAACUGCACCACCAUAUCGUGGCCCUUCAGGUGAGUGAAGGUACAGCCGUGAGGAAACUGGAAGCUGCUAUGCAGAAGCUGUCCAGACAGGAAGCUCAUGUGUUACGGCUCGAGCGGAAAAUCGAUGAAAAAGACCAGGCUUUGUAUCACGCUAAGACGGAGGCCAGGAACAAGGCAAAGUUCCUUAAGAGAACCAUUCAAGAUCUGCGGAGGCAGUACAGCGGAGCUCUGCCACUGAUGAAACAGGAAAAGUUUGCCGAGACUAUGCGUUCGUUACACGAAGACAAGCACAAGCUUGAAGGAGAGCUUAAGAAAGCUAGAACCGACAGAGAAGCAGCGGAAGACAAGCUUGCUGAGCUUAAGCUUCAACACGAUGGGUUACAGGAACUGAUGUGUACGUUAAAGGAUGGCAAAGGGGCAGCUAAAGUCACUGAAUGGCACGCAAAGAUGGGCGAAAUACGACUGCAGGACCUUAAACUGAACCGUGCUAUUACCAGACUGCAGGAAGAGUUGAAACACCUGGAAAAUAUGACAAAAGUUCAGGAACGCACCAUCUCGGAUCUGGAAGAUGAAAAUGUCCAGCUUGCCAAAGAGCACGAAGAGAGGCAGUUGCUAUGGGAACAGAGGGAGGUGGAGCUUGAGCGCACGAUUGACAAGCUAGAAAAACAACAGGAACAACUAGCAGACGCAGCUGCUAAGUUUGAGGAGGCUACUGGCUCGAUACCAGACCCUGAUCUUCCAGUAGCAAAUCAGCUUGAAUUGGCGAUUAGAAAUAUAAAGGAGCAUAUAAGGAUUAUUGUAGGAACGAGAGAGGAAAGCAGAGCUCUUAAAAAGAAAUACGAAGAGCUGGAUCAAGCUUUCAAGCAGUCAGAAGAAAGGCUCACCCAGAAAGAUAAGCUGAUAAACGAGCUGCGCCUCCGUCUCCCUCUGUCAGAGCGCGGGGAGAUCACAGCAGAAGCCAAGAAAGCUGCUGGAUUAGUAGAGGAGGAUUAUGAAUCAAAACGGGCCUUGAAAGUGGCACAGGCAACUGUUUCCAGUCUUCAGCAAAUGCUGGCUCGUAAAGAAGAAUCGUUGGCUAAAUACCAGGAAAUGUUAAAAGAAGCACGAGAGGAGGCCAAGACUCAAAACGAACAACACAAAGCAGAAAUUCAGCUCCUACAAGACAGGUUACAUCUGGAGACGGACGAGACAUUUAGAAGGAAGAAGACUUUCCACAUGGAUUCCGUGAAUGACGAUGGUCCUCCAGUUCCUUCUCACAAACAGCUGGCACGUUUGUCAGAGUUGGAGGAAAUGGUGACAGAACAGGACAAUGCCUUGGCCGUGGCGGCAGAGAAGUACAAGAAAUCACGAAAUGAGAUCAGCAAAAUGAAAAAGGAUCAUGAAGAGGAAGUAAACAGUCUCAAACAGCAGAUGGCCAGGAAAAACGAGGAUCAUUCAAAAGAAAUUACGAGACUUAACAACGAGAAACUAGAACGAGAUGACAGAAUAAUGGAACAGAGUAAGGAGAUCGAGGUACUUAAGGAUGAACUUGAGUUAGCAAAGGAAGCCUCCCAGCGUGCUCCUAGUAAAACCAUGAAACAUUUGGUGGAGAGACUUAGGAACCAGUUGGCAUUGAAGGAAAAACAACAGAAGUCCUUGAGUCAAGCUCUCCUGCAGCUCAGAGCUGACAUGGUUACGACUGCAGAGGAAAAUGUUCAGGCUCACGCUAAAAAGGCUGAGCAACAGGCCAAUGUACAACAUAUUGUGGAGAAAGAAACUGCUGGUCUUCAGGCACGCCUCGAAGAGCUCCAAGAGAGAAUGGAAAAACUCAAGAAAGAGCUAAGGAAACAAAAGGAGAAGGAAUCGAACUUUUUAGGGGAAAGGGACAAACUGAAGCAGGAACUUUCAAAAAAGGACUCUGCGCUGUUAAAGCUUGGGCGUGAACUGAAGGAGUUAGAGACUGUGCAAGAACAGUUGGAGAAAAAAGAGGAAGAAUUGAGAACUGAGAGGAACACGCUUGCUCAGGAACGAGCUGAAUGUGAAAAACUACGAGAGAGAGUGAAAAGCCUUCAAGAGAAAAUAAAGCAGUUCAAACAGAAGAGCUCUGAGGACUCUGAAGGAGGAGCUGGUGACGAUAAACCGAUUGUUGAGGAAGUGAUUAAGGAAGAUAGGGCGGCAGUGGUCUCUGAAGGAGUUGCGCGAUGGGAGGACAACAAGAAGUGGCAACAAAAAGUAGAAACACUUAAGGGAAAACUGGCGGAGAAAACACGAGAGCUGGAAAAAGCCGAAAAGACCAUCGGUAUGUUACGAGACGCAGUAAGCAGGGCUGAGAAGGACAAGGCAGGACUUCACAGUAGAUUGAAAAGUUCUGCCAAGUCUUCAACAGGUGGACAAGCUCUUGUCACUAACGAAGUUGUUCAGGAUCUUAGACAGAAUAUUUUUAAGCUGGAAGAAGAGAAUCAGGAAUUGAGACGUCAGAAAGUUCUGGGUCAUGACAAACAAAUGGAAGCACUUGAGCUUCGAAACAAACAACUAGUGGAGUAUAUUGAAGAUUUAGAGAGAGACCUUGCUGGCAGAAUGGCUGAGCAGCGUACAGUGGAUCAUGCUGAUGCUGAUAUGUAUCGUGAAAUGUAUCAGAGAAAUCAGUCUCUUCAAAAACAGCUCUUAGAGGCGAAAGAGGAAAAUAUGGAAUUAAGAUUCGAGUAUGAACAAGCUCGAAAGGAAAACCCUCGACUAAAGGCUCGUGUAGAAGAUUUACAAGAGUAUGUGGAAAUUUUGAAAGCAGAACUUGAAGCAAGCAAAAAGAGGGAGAAAGCUCGCAAGAAGAGUCUGGGCACUGGUAUGGGUGGUCAGAGCGUAGAGGAUCUGGAGAGAGUAAUAGCAGCCAUGAGACGAGUUGUGGAGAGACUUCAGGGAGAGAAUGAUCAGUUAAAGAAGACUGUUGGAGCAGGAGGCCCUCAGUAUGGUGAAGUGUUAAAGGAAAAUAAACGGCUCAAGCAUGAGUUGGAGAAGGCAAAAGUUAGCGAGAAGACCCAGUCCUCCCGUGGAGGUAGUAGUGAGGGAAAUACAGCUAGACUGGUGACUGAGAACGAGAAACUACUUAAAGAUUUAAAAAAGGAAAUGGAGAAGGUAGAAAAGUUAAAAACAGCAAACGCUAAUCUGGAACAGAGAAAAGAAGAGCUUGUGAAAGAAUUAGAACAGUUACAUCAAAGACUUUCCGCCUCAAACAUGGAUGGACUUGAUAGUAAAGAAUGGAAAUCAGUCGUUUUACCAAAGAUAUACGAAGAGAAGAUGCAAAAACUAGAGGCAGAACUGGAGAAAAAGACAAAUCUGUUGAAAGAUAUCAAGACGUACUUGAAAGCAGCUGCAAACAGAGAAACUGAGUUAAUGAAGAAACAGCAAGAACUUGAGGAAAAGGUUACAAUUUUGGAGCGGUUUCCCGCAAAUAUUAAAGGUGACAGUGAUCUGGUCAAAGAACUUCAACAGACAAGGUUGCGGUUGGCAUCUCUCGAGUCAGAGAAAGAAGAAAUUUUACACGAGGUACGGCAACUCAGAAAGAUGGGACAGGCAGGUGAUCUACCACGUGACUUGGAUAAUGAAGAAGUUCUAGAGAAAUUACGAAACUACGACAGAAUGAUGGCCGAGGACGUGGAACUGAGAACGAGAUUGAAAACUGUAGAGUUGGAGCGCGAUCGAACGUCGCAUGAAGUCUCCAAGCUACGAAAAGAACUCGAGGCCUUUGAUCCCGCUUUUUUCGAAGAGAUCGAAGACUUGAAGUACAAUUACCAAAAGGCUGUUGAAAGGAACGUGCUGUACGAGCGACAGUUAAGGCAGAUGUCUCGACAGUUUGGAGUUGAUGUGAACAUUCCUACGGAGGAUUAAACUUUUGUGAGCCAGAUUCUCCACAGAAAGCAGCGAAAGUUCUACAGCCAAAAAUACGUUGGCAAAUUUCUUAGUGAACUUCAGUGUCCCAACAACACUUUCCUAACGAGGGAACUUGCCAAAGACGCGCCCAUUUUGCAAAGGCCUUCAGCUGAGAUUUUCGUAGGCAUAGAAAUAUGCGCCCAAAAGUGCCGCCGCAGUUUUUAAAUGAGAAGGCUUGUGAAGAAAAGAAUUGCUUUCCCAGAAAAGAUUUUGAGAAAAGUGUGUUAAAAAUGCCAUCGAGACGCUGAAUUUUAUAGACUUACUGAUGUCGUGUCAGUCAAAGGAAUUCAUUGGAACGGACGUGUUCACGAUUGAAACGUAAGAUGUGGAAACACCUCUUCUUAGCAGAAUUAAUAUUGUUCAGCAAUUGUUUGAUGAAUGAAAUCGAAAAAAGGGAUAUACGAACGUAUUUUAAGCGGUUUAGAAUAUUUAUAACUAAUUUAUUUUUAGAGAUCAUAUUUUUAUUGUAUAAAAGUCUGGAAUUGUGAUAAUUUUUUUUUACAAGAAUAGUAAUUGAACAUUUGUUGAGUUCUUAGUCCCCUUAGCUUUGUUUUUAUUAUUUCCUUUUCGUGUCUUGCCGUCUUUCACUUGAGUUCCCUGUAACCUUCGUCUUCUUCGGACAUCUCAUGUCCCUUUGUUUUAAUUGUGAAUCAUCAUGUAUUCACUUUCCCUUUCCUUCGUCCUAGACAUCUCAGUUUUGUUUUAUGUGGAGCGUUUUCCGUCAUGUUCCCCACUACCUAUCGGCUUCCUUUACUUGUCUCGAGUGAGAAGGAAGCGCAGAUGGGAUCGUUUGUUUCCAGGUUAUUUGUUCCCUUCUUUUUCUGAGAUUUUUUUCUGAUCUAUUGGCUUUCACGUUUUCUCUUGACCAUUUUGUUACUCAUUUCCCUACGUAAUCACAUUUUCGUUCUCCUUGAGAAUAAAACUAA